CUUCAAUCUCCUGAUAUUUUCUCUUUGGCCAGCGCAAAGGCACACAGCAGCAAUACAUUUAUUUAUUUUCCUGCUCGGAGACCAGAAGAUUGUUAAUGGAUCACAUGGAGUCUUGUGUUCCACCAGGUUUUAGAUUUCACCCGACAGAAGAAGAACUUGUGGGUUACUACCUGAAAAGAAAGAUCAACUCACUACAAAUUGAUCUGGACGUCAUUAUUGACAUUGACCUGUACAAAAUUGAACCAUGGGACAUACAAGCAAGAUGCAAGCUAGGUUACAGUGAACAGAAUGAGUGGUACUUCUUCAGUCACAAAGACAAGAAGUACCCGACCGGAACUCGGACAAAUAGAGCCACGGCUGCCGGAUUCUGGAAGGCAACAGGAAGGGACAAGGCAGUGCUUUCAAAGAACAACAUUAUAGGAAUGAGGAAAACCCUUGUGUUCUACAAAGGACGAGCACCUAACGGGAACAAAACUGACUGGAUCAUGCAUGAAUAUCGCCUCCAAACAUCUGAACAUGCACCCCCUCAGGAAGAAGGAUGGGUUGUAUGCCGGGCAUUCAAGAAGCCAAGCCCUAGCCACAGGCAAGGUUUUGAAGCAUUGAAGCAUGCUUACUAUAUCAGAGAACAUAACAGCCAUGCUUCAUCUUCAAAUUUUGGGAGUGAGAUGCAUAUGGUGAACCCGAGCCAAGGUUUUCAAUAUCAAUCCUUUGGUUUGGAUCAGCAAGAUCAUCUCAUUUCAAAUCAUAUUUUCAUGGGCAACCAACUCACAGAACUUCCUCAACUAGAGAGCCCAAGCAUUUCAACAAGCUUGGCCAACAAACAAGGUGUGCAUGAGCAGCAAAACAAUAAUAUAACCACUGAACACUAUGACGACCGAAGGUGCAACAUGAAUAGCAGUGAUCAGCACAUAGAUUGGAGAAAUUUGGACAGCUUACUUGAAGUGCCAUUGAUACCCCAAAAUUAUGAGCAAGAAGCUCAAAACCACCAUCUUCUUGGAUGCUUUCCUGACUUGUAACGAGAAGA